AUGGCUUCCUCUACUUGGGUUAGUCCAGAGGAAUAUGAAAGGCGAGAAAAGUAUCUUCGUGGAGGUCUUCGUGAAGUCAAUUUGCUAGAUCCGUACACAUGGAAUCGACCUGCUCAGGGAGCUGCUGCAAUGUUUGGUCUGUCAUUGGCUGCUGGGCAGCUUUACAAUAUUUGGAACAAAAAACCGUUCUACUUCGCACUCGUCCCUAAAUUGAUUGCCCUUGGAAUAGUGAGUUCUUUGGGUUACGGAAUGGGCACGUUGAGAGAGCAUCACUGGAGAACAAGAGAUGCUGUCAUUGAACAUUACAUGCAGCUUCAUCCCGAGGACUUCGAUCAUUUUAAGGACAGGACUGAUAAAGCAAAAGUGAGGGAAGAAGAGCUGAACGAUGCGUUGAAUCGUGCGAGGGAACAGGCAGAAAGCAGAGUUGUUGAUGAGGAGACAGUGAAAACACUAGAAGGAUUUUUAUCACUCGAAGGAUGUGGGUGGUCUGCAAAGCGAAUACAAGAAGCACUAGAGUUGUUACGAAAAGCUAGUCUGGGCAUAUCCGGCGGAAAUGUGCAGCCAUCGAAGUUUGCAUUUUCGGUUUCUGAUAAGAAGCCUUUGGCAGCAUCGUCUGCAAAGCACUCACCAACGCCAUCUCCAUCCAGAUCUGCACCCAUAGCUGCCAAUGAAGUUCCAGCAAAUGCUAUUCAACUACUGAAUUUGGUUGGGGAAAAUAAAGUCAUCUCGGGUAAAGACGGUUUUGAUGUCAAGCUCAAGAAUAUAAAGAACUGUCAACUUUCGUUUGUCUUUCGUCCAUCAACUGUCCAUAUUCAGGGAGUACAUGAUUGUAAGCUAGUGUUUCUCCCUGUUGAAACAUCAAUUCUCAUGUAUGAUUGCACUGGGUCUCAGAUAUUUGCCACCGCACAACAGUUACGUAUUCAUAACUCCCAUGAGUUACGCCUUCAUGUGGGAGUUCGUGCCGCUGUAAUUAUCGAAUCUUGCAGUAAGAUUCGCAUGGCGCCUUAUAGGUUAGUGAACUUUUCAAUCUCUCUGAGUCCUUCAAUAGCAUUGGAAGAUAUUGCCGCUGUUCUGUUUUUUCUCACGAUUCGCAUUCUCCACAGAAAGGCAACGUUCUUCAAACCAAAACUUACCAGUGGCUUCCAUUAG